AUGAGCAGUCAGUGGGUUAUAUCUUUAAUUGUCGGCUUCUUAGGUUUAUCUAAAGCUACUAUUAUUUCUCAGAAAUAUGCCGCGAAACUGGCAUUUGAUGAUAAGAAAUCAAAUUCUGAGCUUUUAAGAGAACAAAAUGCUCAUUCAUUAACAGAGUGCGCCGCGAUGUGUCAAAGGGAGUGCGUUUUCUUUGGUUUCAACUCUCAAUUGAAGAAAUGUCGUACCCACAAGAAACGUCUAACGUCUGAGCUGUCUGAUGAGGCCGGUUGGAGAUACUACUCGGAUAACGAUUGUGUUUUCUCUGCCAUGCCCAAAGAUUGUAAAGAUCUUUGUGAAGAAGGAAAAACUAGUACAGGGGUGUAUGAUAUAUACCCCUACGGUACCUUAAUUACCCCAAUAAGUGUAUACUGCGAUAUGACGACAAUGGGCGGGGGAUGGACGGUCAUUCAGAAACGCGUAGACGGAUCCGUGAUCUUUGACAGGAACUGGGCGGAAUAUAAAAAUGGUUUUGGUUCAACUGAACAGAAUGUCUGGGUUGGAAAUGACGUGAUCCAUCAAUUAACAAAAGAAAACCUCUCAUCCCUGUAUGUAUCCAUCACACUCCAGAAUGGUACAACGCUUUUUCAAAUGUACGACGGAUUCUCUGUCUCCAACGAAGCACUAAAAUAUCAACUCUUUCUUACAGGACCUGCCACAGGAACCUUAGGAGACGGUAUGUUAGAUACUGGUUAUACUAAGCACGAUCUGUCCGGGAUGUCGUUCUCUACCCCAGACAGGGACAAUGACAGAUCUGGUGGUCACUGUGCUUCUUACCUUGAUAUUAGUGGAGGCUGGUGGUUUAACAAUUGCCACUAUGGCUUCCUUAACGGUCCUUGGUCCCCGGAGCCCUGGGGCAACCCAUGGUAUCCCACGGUACGGAAAGGGACAUCGGUGAGAGACACCAAGAUGAUGAUCAGGCGUCACUAGACGACAGAUCAUCCAUCAAAGGAUUUUAAAAUAAUCUUUAUCGCGGUGUUCUUUCUUUAAAUAAUGUUUAACAACAAGUGGCAAACUUGUUAACAUAUAUUUUUUUCAGUAAAAGAAGGGAGGCUGAACAAUUUUUUUAAGCAAUAAAUUAUUAUAUUUUUUUUCUACUGAAUGUAUUU